UGUAGUAUCCGGUAAUGUAGAUGUGAACUUUUGUCGAAGAUUUUGUACUAAUUUAGUUUUUGUCGUUUCAAUGUUUGCUAACAAGCAACUGCAUAAUGAGUCUAAGUGCCAUAUUUGCAAGCGAAUUUUCUGUUGCGGCAAUUGCCGCCAAAAACAUCAGUUUGCCACACACGCCAUUGCUGUAAGGCUGCCGCCGGGUCCGGACCGGAUCAGUACUGUAUCUAUGGCUGAUAACGGAAUUGAAAAUGGGAGUGGGUCUUCAUUUCCCAGUGAGAUUACCAAAACAAUUUAUGUCUUCUGUCCGAUUUGUGAGCAAAAGCCUCUGCUCUUACGCGAGGAGAUCUAUGCGGAGCUGUUGGCCCAUAUUGAGAGCGCCCAUUUGCCGCUAAACUGUCGGAAAUGUCAGCGUCGCUACACGAGAAUCGAGGAUUUGCGGGAAUUUAGUAAAUGCGCGGAUGUGGCGCAAAGCUGUAGCGCUCGUUCGGAUCAGACUUGUGAUACGGAUGCUUCAAAAAUUACGGUUAAGAGGACGGAAACGUCGGUUGCCAGCAACAUGUCCACUCAAACAUCGCCCAACGUAAAUGAUACCCAACAUAAGACGCCGAUUUCUUUAAUCAAUUUGCACUGGAAGGCCAAGGGCAAGGUGGCGCACGAGGAGUUCAUCAGUGAUAGCAUGUCGUCCAUCAGGAAUAUUUCAUCUAUUAGCAACUCAUCGGUUCGGCGUAGUAUUGGACAGCUGGGUGGAGGCGUUGAGGUCAGGGGUAAGAUUAUACGCUCCACAUCGACGCCUUUGCAAGUGGACACAAUGUUUGCCAAGCCAAAGGAGCCGCCCACAUUCAUGCACUCGUCGUCAGGUGGCCACAUGUCUAGCAUUUAUAACAGCGGCUAUGGGGAUACAGAGCAAAAUAGUCCGGCGCCGCUUCCUGUGGACAACAACAAUGCCCAGCUUCUCCAGCAGCAGCAACAACAACAGCAGCGCGUUUGGAAAAUAGGAGCACGAAAUAAAAUGAGUGCAGCCACUCCGUUGCGACAGGUUAUGUCGAAGAGCAUACAGAAGGCUUUUGUGGAGCAUGGAGGCAUGCCAGCUCAAGCAGCGGCGGGAGCGGCCACUUCCAGCAACAUAAUGCAGCGACGAAUCCGUCUAGAUCUGAGCGAGAACAGUAGCAAUACCAGCAUCAGCGUAAAUGAAAGCAGUGCCGGUAUUGCAUUGGACUUGCGCCUAUCGCCAGCCUUACGUCGCACUCAAAGUGAAUCCAGCACUAUGGACCGUAAGUGCAACACUUGGGUCCAAUCAGAGCAGCAUCACAAACAGCCAGUAGCGCAAGCAUCAGUGUCGACGCAGAAAUAUCAUCAGCAGAUCUUGCUCUCGGCUCAAAAACUGACCACAGAAUCUAUUAUCAUAACACGCACAAAGCUCCAGUCGAGUAGCAAAGAAAGCGGAUCGCCGCAUAUAGAACAGGCAGUUGACCAGAUCAGCAGCUCCUCGCUGCCUGCAAUGGCAUCGAGCUCGACAGAGAGUGCGACCAGCGCCACAGUCUACAAUUCAUGUGAAAGCGUAGAGAUUAUCACUUCCACUGCAGAAUUAAGUGCCGUUAAUGUGCAGGUGAUGAGCUGCGGCGUGGAUAAGAUUCCGCCGAUAACGCCCUUAACUCGCAUACCAGGCGCCAUAAUCCCCAAGAAGCUCAUCAAAUUCGAAACACCUAAAAAGGCUCCCUUCGAUCAUUUAGAAGCAACGCAACCAAUCCAAACGCCUUGCGCACAGGAAUCAGAAGCUUUCUACACACCUAUUGCGGCCAUUCCGGAACAUCAGACUUGCAGUUCAAAUGAGCUGCGUCGCCAGCAGAUUAAGCCAAGGCAGCUUAGCGAUGAAUUUGGGGCCAGCACGAAGCCUAUGGCAUUGCCACCACCCAGACCACGCCCCCGUCCCCCUCUGCGGAAGUGUAACCAAUAUGCGGCAUUUAGUUCUGCGCAAGACUUUGAUGGGCAAACUAAAAGUGAUGAUAAUGAUGAUGUAUUUAUGCCCACUAGUGCCUCCACACAUAACGAAAAGGUUUCGACUGUGCAAGAAGGCGGGCAAGGCGCUGGACGCUUCUGGUCGUUGAUGACGUCAGUUAUCCGCCUGCCAGCCAAACUGAGAGGCAGCUCAAGUGAUAAGGAAAAUUCUGCCAGUGGCACUGGUUCCCUAAUCAAGCGUUGUGCUUCCAUUGCAGGUUCCUUUGUGCGCACGCGUCCAGAUGAAGCUGCUAUUCAAAGCUUGAAACGCAAGCGCACGCAAACGCUAGACACUCACUAUACAAAUUAUAAUAGUUAUUGUGCCACCAUGUCGCCAGCAAGUUCGUCCAAACGUUUUCGCAUACAACCUCGAAAGCCCAUAGACCGCAUGCGCUUUAAUUCUUAAUUAUUUUAGUAUAUGAUUGUGUAUUUUGAUUAUUGUGAUUAAAUAAACGUUUAUACAUUUGCCUUUCUA